AGAAUUCGGCACGCGAGCAGCACAUGUCCCGCUAAAGGAUCUGCAGGUGCAGCUACCUCUGCUGGCUUGAUCUCGACUGUGUGAAAAGGACGGCCUUUUCACCUUUCAAUUUCCCCUCCCAGCAGAGGAAUACCGUUGUCCUUUCCCAUCCGCUAGGGUCCGCGAAACCCGGCGACAAAAUUCCAAGAUGGGCUACUCCAGCUGGGUACACAACGCCAAUGCGGCCGUCGCGAGGACUGCCGUUGGAAGAUACUUCCGUUUGGAAGGAAGCGGACAUCCCAAAGAGCGCAAAGGAACAUACUUCUUCACGGAAAUUCGAGCAGGAUUGGCGACAUUCUUUGCAAUGGCAUACAUCAUCAGCGUGAACUCCAACAUCAUCUCGCAAUCCGGAGGAACUUGCCGAUGCGACUAUGCCAACUCAGCCGAUGGCGUCUGCGACACAGACCCUGCGUACAUGCUUUGCGUGCAAGAAAUUCGACGCGACUUGGUUACCGGAACUGCUGCAAUCGCCGCUUUGACGAGUUUCUGUAUGGGUCUGUUCGCCAAUAUGCCGAUCGCGCUUGCUCCUGGAAUGGGCCUCAAUGCGUACUUCACCUUCAACGUGGUCGGCUAUCACGGGACUGGGACUAUUCCUUAUGAGACGGCGCUGACUGCGGUCUUUAUUGAAGGUCUAAUCUUCGUCGCUCUCACAGUCCUCGGCUUGCGACAAUGGCUUGCCCGAGCGAUUCCACAUUCGAUCAAGAUGGCAACUGGUGUCGGGAUCGGUCUUUACCUAACGCUGAUUGGAUUGACGUACAGCGCUGGAAUUGGUCUAGUCGUUGGAGCCAAAUCGACACCUCUCGAACUGGCGGGAUGCGUGCAAUCAGCAUUCGACGAAGACGGACUUUGCCCUAGUGGCGCAAAGAUGAGGAACCCAACCCUCUGGAUCGGAAUCUUCUGCGGUGGUCUCGUGACUGUCUUCUUGAUGAUGUUCCGUGUCAAGGGCGCCAUUAUCGCUGGUAUCUUGCUCGUCUCCAUCAUCUCCUGGCCAAGAGGAACUGAAGUGACCUACUUUCCGUACACCGAAACUGGAGACUCCGGCUUCGACUUCUUCAAGCAAGUCGUGACCUUCCGACCUAUCAAGAACGUUCUCGCCGUUCAAGAUUGGAGCAUCGGAGAGCACGGUGGACAAUUUGCAGUCGCACUCAUCACCUUCCUCUACGUGGACAUCCUCGACUGCACGGGCACCAUGUACUCAAUGGCGCAGUACUGUGGCGCCAUUGAUGAGAAGACCCAAGAUUUUGAAGGCUCUGCGAUCGCCUACCUGGUCGAUGCAUGGGGUGUCACUAUCGGCUCCCUCUUCGGCAGCUCUCCUGUGACCGCAUACAUCGAAUCCGGCGCUGGUAUUUCCGAAGGUGGUGGCACUGGAAUUACAGCUAUGAUCACAGGGCUCUGCUUCUUCAUCUCUAUCUUCUUCGCUCCGAUCUUCGCUUCCAUCCCACCUUGGGCUACGGGCUGCACGCUCGUGAUCGUGGGCUCACUCAUGACCAAGGCUGCUGCAGAUAUCAACUGGCGUUACAUCGGAGACGCAGUCCCAGCGUUCCUCACGAUCGCCAUCAUGCCUUUCACCUACUCAAUCGCAUAUGGCCUCAUUGCUGGAAUCAUCAGCUACAUUGUGCUCAACGUCGGCGUCUGGCUGCUCGAGAAGGCCACCGGAAACCGCAUCUCACCCAGAGACAAGGAAUUGAAGGAAUUCUGGACCUACAAGCUGCCCGGUGGCGUCUUCCCACCUUGGCUUACUCGCGCAGCAAAAGGAAAGAAGGAUUUCUGGAAGCCGUAUGAUGAUGAGGAAGCGCAUCAGGCGAGUGGAAGGACAAUUGAUGGAAAGGUUGCAGGUGAGAAGAUCAGCGAGGUUUCGCCUAGUCGAAGCACGGGAUCGAGUGAUGAGAUUCAGAGAGGAGGGCAGAGUCAGGUUAAAGUGCAAUAGCCCCGGCCGGAAUGGUACGGCGUUUAAGACGAUGAGAUGUGUGACGAUUGUUUCGUAGAUAUGUGUAAUGUUGUUGAUUUCCAUCCCAUUGCUUGUAGUACGGAUAAACUGGAGGUGAAGACAGUCCAAUGCUGUCAACAGAUAAGUUGCCAGGG